AUGUUCACGAGUUCCAACCCACCCAUAGAGUUGACCCCAUCCGCUAACCAGAACCCAAGCCCAUGCCGAACCAGAACCCGAACGGAAACGACGCGUGUGGAGAGGGGGGAUAGGGGGGUCGUCGGCCCGUUCCCUGCUUUCGCGCGGGAUGCCCCGCUUCCAGCGGGAAGCCAAGGGCCGGGCUGGGUUUUGGCUGAUACCGCAGGAAACUACGACGACGAGGGUUCUGGCGUCGAUCGCUUCCUGCGCUUGGCAGUGGGCACCUGCACCUGCACCACUGCUUUUAUAACUAUUCAACUCCGUCGCGUGGCUCUGCACAAGUCAUCGCCACGAGCGGUCAUCACUCCUCGGGCUCACGUGACUGAUCGAGAGAUGGCAACGAGUGGUAACGCACCUGCUGCUGGUCCAAAGCCAGAGAAACCUGCUGAGGACAAAAACCGCAGCAAGGAUGAGCUUAUAGCCAAGGCUGCAGGUGCAGUCGUAGCCGGCGGCAUUGUCUGGAGCUUGUUCAAAUCUGUCACUAGAAAAGAGAAAAGCCAACAGGAGAAUGAAGGUUCGUUGACUAAGGAGGUAGGACACAAGACGAAAGAUGUUGCUCAGAGCGCUGAGCACAAGGGAAUUAGUGCAAUGCACACUUCGGAAGCUGCCGGAGGCGCACUCUCACACUUCGGGAACAAGAAGUUGGAUAAUUGCAAGACAAUCCAAGUGCACAAGGGAGACACUCUCUGGGGCAUUUCCAGGAAAUAUAACGUCACCGUGGAAGCAUUGAUGGCAACGAAUGGGAUCAAGGACGGAGAUAACAUAGCUGCGGGAGAGUCGAUCAUGGUACCCAAAUGAAGCAUCAGCUGAUGUUUUUGGGUUUGUAGCAAUUAGUGCGCUUCCUUUUAGGAUGAAAACACUAAAUAGCACAGCAUCAUAAAACUCCUUAUGAGGUUUCCUUCAUGUGGAUCUCAUCCCAGUAUGCAACGCCCUCCUAGGAGACUUGUCUUCCAUAGAAUCGACACUGUUUCCUCGUCCGUGUCUUGGUUUCAGCAGAUAGUGUGACAAGGAUGCUGCGCAAUGCAUUGAAGCUUGAUUUAAGUUUUCCUUUUGCACAA